AUGACGCUGGAUGCCCUGUGCGCGGCCGGCGACGUCCUCGUCUACGACACCUUCAACGCGGCGGCGGCCGUGAGUGCCGCGCCGGCCGAGAGCAGCCUCCUCUUCUGCGACGUCGCCGGAGCGGCAUGGAUGGCGGGGUCUGCUGCCGCUGAGGCGCCGGCUGUGACCAUAGUGCCGGUGGAAGAAGGGGAGAAGGCGCAGGGGAGGAGGAAGCGGCGGCGGCGGGCGAGGAGCUGCAAGAAUCGCGAGGACGCCGAGAGCCAGCGGAUGACCCACAUUGCCGUCGAGCGCAACCGCCGCCGCCAGAUGAACGAGUACCUCGCCGUGCUCCGCUCCCUCAUGCCGGAGUCCUACGCCCACCGGGGCGACCAAGCAUCCAUUGUCGGCGGCGCCAUCGAUUUCGUCAAGGAGCUCGAGCAGCUGCUGCAGUCCCUGGAGGCGCAGAAGCGCACGCUCCUCGCCCAGCCGCAGCAGGAGCACAAGCCGCUGCCCAUCCGUGACGCGAUGCCAUCGUCGAGCAAAACGGUCACGGCCGCGGCGACAACUACGACGAGCAGCGGCAGCGGCGAGGGCAAGCAGGCGUCGGCGAUGCGCGAGGGGAUGGGUCCGCCGUUCGCGGGGUUCUUCACGUACCCACAGUACGUGUGUCGCCUCCCGCCGCGGGACGACGCCGACGACCGCGCCGGGGCGGCGGACAUCGAGGUGACGCUGGUGGAGACGCACGCCAACGUCCGGGUGAUGGCGCCGCGGCGGCCGGGGCAGCUGCUCAGGAUGGUCGCCGGGAUGGAGGCGCUCAGGCUCACCGUGCUGCACCUCAACGUCACCACGCUCGGCUCGCUCGCGCUCUACUCCCUCAGCGUCAAGGUGGAGGAAGGGUGCGGGCCGACGACGGCGGACGACAUCGCCGCGGCGGUGCACCAUGUGCUCUGCCUCGUCGACGCCGAGGCGACGUCGCAGCGGCUGCUCGCCGGUGGGCAGCAGGAGAUUUUAAGUUAG